UUUUUUUCCGUGAUUGAGGAGGGGGAUACGAGCGAGCUAACCAUCAUAACUUCGAGUCUUCGAUUUUAGACCUCUUUCAUUUUCAACCAUGGCCCGUGGUCCAAAAAAGCAUUUGAAGCGUCUUAAUGCUCCCAAAGCAUGGAUGUUGGACAAAUUGGGUGGAGUUUAUGCUCCACGUCCAUCAACUGGUCCACACAAGCUCCGUGAGUGCUUGCCACUCGUUAUCUUCCUUCGUAAUAGAUUGAAGUAUGCUUUGACUAACUGUGAAGUCACCAAGAUUGUUAUGCAAAGACUUAUCAAAGUCGAUGGCAAAGUUCGCACAGAUCCAAACUAUCCAGCUGGAUUCAUGGAUGUUGUAAGCAUUGAAAAAACUGGUGAAAACUUCCGUUUGGUCUAUGAUGUUAAAGGUAGAUUCACCAUUCACCGUAUCACCGCUGAAGAAGCUAAGUAUAAACUCUGCAAGGUCAGACGUGUCCAAACUGGACCAAAAGGUAUUCCAUUCUUGGUUACCCAUGACGGUAAAACUUUGAGAUACCCUGAUCCAGUUAUCAAGGUUAAUGACACCAUUCAACUUGAAAUUGCAACCAAUAAAAUUUUGGAUUCAAUCAAAUUUGAGCCUGGUAACUUGUGCAUGAUUACUGGAGGAAGGAAUUUGGGACGUGUUGGUUCUAUUGUUACACGAGAACGUCAUCCAGGAUCAUUUGACAUCUGUCAUAUCAAAGAUUCUCAAGGACACACAUUUGCCACCAGAAUGAACAACGUGUUCAUCAUUGGUAAAGGUACCAAGGCAUACGUCAGUUUACCAAGAGGCAAGGGAGUCAAGCUCUCAAUCGCUGAAGAACGUGACAAAAGACUUGCAUCAAAAGGAAACUAAUUUUUAAUAUCAUCAUAUAAAAAUAUUAAUAAAAAAAAGAAAAAAAAAACAAUAAAUUUAAUUUGUUGUUAAUUUUA